AUGGCAUCGCAUCUUGUUCGCUAUCGAAUUGGAAAUUUGUCACUGCCACAACUUGCGAAUCAUCAACUCUUUGCUAGCAAAGCCGAACAUGGGAUCGACGUCUCUAACAGCAAUCAGAAAUCGCCAGCUGCCCAAACUGGGCAUCGCGAUGCUCAAGUCGUAUGUAUCUUGUGGAACCAUGUUCGAAAAGCAUACCCUUUCGAGAUCCCGACAUGCCUGGACGAGUUGCCCGAAAGCAAUACGGGCCUCGUCUUCGUCCGCAAGCAGACGUCUAGCCAGAGCUUCGACCAUGCUGACGAGGCGUGCCCAUUCCUUCUUCUUGUCUCCAGACACGUCAUCGAACUCUUUCUGCCAAUGUUCUUCCAGUACUGCAUAACGCUCAGAGUUGUAUGGUUCCAGGACUGGUGCGACCUGGCCUGCUUCCGGCUUAGUCUGGUGGGCCUUGAGUUUGUCGUAAGCAGCACAAAGGGCCGUGCUGAUGCCCAGAUCGGUAUGAUCCCCGUUUCUUCUGAUGAUGCCAUCUGCUUCAUUUUCGAUCUGUUGAAGUUGGUGGUACCACUGUUUCCAAGGCACACCGCGCGACUGCAAGAUCAACCCUUUCGUGCGGUUAUCCUCAUAGAGUAUCUGUACCUGCUUGUGUUCAUCGUCGUAUCCCAGGCUCAUGGGUAUAAAUACCGACUGUCUGAUUCGACUUUCAUCUACGGUGGAAUCUACCUAAACGACGGGCCAUACGGUCGCAGCGUCAACGUGGGUGGUUCGUCUAAGUUGAGCACAUUUACGGUACUCUCGAUGAUUGCCAAUGUUGCACGCGAGCCGGGAGCAGGGAGCUCGUUGGGCCAAUCGACGUAG